AAGAAAUGCGUAGAAACACCGCAUCGGGUUAACGGACGUCUCGCGCCAAACUGCGCACGGGCAAGCCUUCAAAUCAAAGGCGCUCCUUAUUAACUAUAAAGUCAUUUGUGACGAAAAUGAACACGUGUCAGUUUCGCACUUUCACGAUGUUGGAAUAAUAACGUGUUGAACUACUUAAAACAUUGUUAGAAUCCAGGUUGUGCCUUUAGAUUUUGAGAAAAGUAAAAACUAAGGAAUACUUUUUGACGUAUGUCAUUGAAGUCUCAAAUCCGGCCUGGUCUGUUUGGCAAGCGUUUCCGGAAGUCUCGCGAUGUUGCGCCUCGGUUUAGAAAUUCUGUCAUAGAGAGUGACUUAAGCUAGUUGGCCGACUAGCAUGUUAGCAAAGAAAGUACUUCGCUGCAAAUGUUUCAAAAAGAUAUUGGCCUAUAUAGUCCUGUGGCAUUUAACGAAGACUUAAGGGUUUAUUUUUAAGUGUCGGACAGGAAACGGACGGCUGGUAACGUUACAAUACAGGUGUCCUGCUGCAAUGUCAAGACGGAGCAGAAACAGCCGGGCAUGGCGUUACGUGUGGAGUGGACUACGGCGAGAUGCUGAUUCCCGGGCGCUGGUACUGUCCUCAGAAAGUGAAGAGUGGGGCUACGAACGCUUACAGUACAGUGACUCAGACUCUGAGCCAGACUACCGUCCCGUGGUGCCACCGGUCCCCAGUGCCGUGCCCGUUACCGGAGAGUCGUACUGCACCUGCGACUCCCAGGCCGAGCCCAGCUACAACCCACAUCUCCGGGGCUUCCACCGCAUCAAAGACUGCCACUGUGGAGAGGAAGACCAGGACUUUGACUGGGUGUGGGACGAUAGUAACCGCUCCACGGCCACGUUGAUGACCUGCGACAACCGCAAAGUCAACUUCCACACAGAGUACAGCUGCGGCACAGCAGCCAUAAGAGGUUCCAAGGAGCUGGCAGAUGGACAGCACUUCUGGGAGAUCAAGAUGACAUCACCAGUGUACGGGACAGAUAUGAUGGUAGGCAUCGGAACCUGUGACGUGAACCUGGAUAAGUACAGACAUACCUUCUGCAGCCUGUUGGGGAAAGAUGACGACAGCUGGGGUCUCUCCUACACUGGUCUGUUACAUCAUAAAGGAGACAAGGUGAACUUCUCCUCACGUUUCGGCCAGGGCUCAAUCAUCGGAGUGCACCUGGACACAUGGCAUGGAACACUCACCUUCUUUAAGAACCGCAAGUGCAUAGGGGUGGCGGCUACGGAGCUACAGAACAAGCAUUUCUACCCCAUGGCGUGUUCCACAGCAGCCAAGAGCAGCAUGAAGGUGAUCCGCUCCUGCUUCACGCCCACUUCCCUGCAGUACCUGUGCUGUGCUCGCCUACGCAAGCUCCUCCCUGAGUGCCCAGACACCCUGAGCGUACUGCCGCUGCCACCUGGCCUGCGCCACCUUCUGCACAAUAAGCUGGGCUGGGUCCUCCGCCUCAACAACGGCCUCCUGGGGGCUCCAGGGAGGGGGGGCUUGGGGUCUCACUUGCCCCCUACGCUCCCCUUGGCUGGGGCCUUGUCCUCUGAAAGCGAUGACUCUGAGGGGUGUUCGUCGGACCCUGAGGCAUGUCAGAGGAAGAGAUGUCGUUGGACGUGACGGGAAUCCGAUGUGACCCCCAAUGUAAACACAUGGGGUGUUUCCUAAAUUACACCCUAUUCCCUAUAAAUAGUGCACCACUGGUCAAAGACCCAUAGAACUCUGGUCAAUAGGGUGCCAUUUGGAUGCAGCCAUGAACUGGACUGGAUCCCUGCCCCCUCCCUGAGACACACUUGCGUUAUAACCCCUUCCACACACACACAUGUUACCAUUAAUGGUGAUCCCAGGACCUAGGGACAGUGUUGUGGGAACAUUUUAAUCAAGAUCAAACGAAUGUGGCACUAAGACCUAUGGCCAAACUUCAGUGUACAUUAACAGUAUAUGCAACAACAAUGAUGACAUGAAAUCAAUGAAAAGAGACCAAGUGCAGCAUUAUGUGGAUUGUCACCAUGCUUUCUCCUUGUACAUAAAAUGCUGGUUGGAUUGCUAUAAGAGUGGCCCGUAGUAUAAGGCCCUAUUUUAAAUUUCUGUUUAAGCUGACCGAAGAACGAAGUUGAGUCCAGAGAGUAGUCGCAAUUUGUUGCGCUUUCACAUCUCCAUGACAACAUUUAUUUGUUACCUUUUUCCUCCCUCUUUGUUGUGCCUUUGUCUGGUCCUGGCACGAAAAUCCAAACAAUCCAUGUUACUUUAUUAAUGCAAGGUGUAAAUAAGACAAGACUUGCACUCACAAUUUGACAUUUUCUAAAUAGGAGAAAAGGACUGCUUUGAAGGUAGUCCUGGUCAGAUUUAUUACAUGUAAAACAUGACCUUCAACAACUAUCCUAUCUAGAAGACCGUCCCUAGAUCAAUGUUGAUGGAGUCUGUCUGACCAAUGGUUAAAAUGAUGCAAUUUGGCGAGAGCCAAAUUAGCUGUUCUCUAAUGAAAUCAUAACUUCAUUAGGCUGGCAUUAACACUGGAAUUUAAUCAAAGUUUUGGAAAAUCUAUGGGAAAAUGUCUGUUCUUGCUCUGCAAGAAUACAUAGAUCAAGUAAUCCGUUAUUUUGUUGUUAAUCAGCACAUUUGUUUCGGAGCAGGAACAAUCUUUAUUAUUUUGUUUAGAUCAGCUUGACAAUAUAUAUAUAUAUAUAUUUUUGUCAUAUCGACACCAGACAUGGCAUCAACUUGUAUUUUUAAUUUAUUUAUAUUUAUUUUUUAACUAGAUGUUUAGGGGGGGUUCUGAUGUAUUUUUCACUCAAUACUGCCGUCGUAUUAAAUAUGGGUUGGACUGUUACACAUACACACGCCAUCUAUGUUGAACUGUGAGUUGUCACUCACCAUUCUUAUACUGACCUCCCUGUUAUGCUCUCCUUCCGCUUGAUGGUUGACUCGUUUUGUCUGUUAGUUAUUUGAUUUUGUUGUCACAUGCAUUUGAUUGGAACCCCUGUGCGUCCAAUGGUUGGGUUUCAGACAUUGUACUGAAUAAAGAAGGCAAAGGGGGUAGAAAAGGGGUGUCCACAUAUAGCAUAUAAAUAUAUCUGUGUGUUUUAUUAUUUUUCAGUGUACAAUGUUGUUUAUUUUAUGCAUCAAAGCACUUGUGUAUAUACAGUGCAUUCGCAAAGUAUUCAGACCCCUUGACUUUUCCCACAUUUUAUUUCCUAGACUUGGCCGGACGAGUCUUGGUGGUUCCAAACUUCUUACAUUUAAGAAUGAUGGCGGCCACUGUGUUCUUUAAUGCUGCAGACAUUUUUUGGUACUCUUCCCCAGAUCUGUGCCUCGACACAAUCCUGUCUCGGAACUCUAUGGAAAAUUCCUUCGACCUCAUGGCUUGGUUUUUGAUAUGCAUUGUCAACUGUGGGACCUUUAAAUAUACAGGUGUGUGACUUCCAAAUCAUGUCCAAUCAAUUGGAUUGACCAAUUUUCGGGGCUCCCGGGUGGCGCAGCGGUCUAAGGCACUGCAUCUCAGUGAUAGUGGCGUCACUACAGACGCCCUGGUUCGAAUCCAGGCUUUAUCACAAUCGGCUGUGAUUGGGAGUCCCAUAGGACGACGCACAAUUUGCCAGCGUUGUCUGGGUUUGGCCGGUGUAGGCCGUCAUAAGAAUUUGUUCUUAACUGACUUGCUUAGUUAAAUAACAUUUAAAAAUUACCACAGGUGGACUCUAAUCAAGUUGUAGAAACAUCUCAAAGAUGAUAAAUUGAAACAGGAUGCACCUGAGCUCAAUUUUUAAGUCUCAUAGCAAAGGGUCUGAAUACUUAUAAGGCAUUUGUUUUUAAUUUUAAAUACAUUUGCACAAAAAAAAAACUUUUUCACAUUGUCAUUAUGGGGUAUUGUGGUUUUUAAACCCAUUUUAGAAUAAGGCUGUCAUGUUGCAAAAUGUGGAAAAAGUGAAGGGGUCUAAAUACUUUCUGAAUUCACUGUAUAAACGGGAUAUAUAAAUGGAUCUUCUAUGUAAUGUUCAUAUUGUAUAGGCCUUUAUUCUUCUCUUUCUCUCUGUCUUUCUCUACAAUAAUCUAUAUCUAAAGCAUGGCCUUUAACUGAAAACUAAGAUGAAUAUGUGAAAUAUGCACAGAAAUGUUUUUCUUAUUCUAAAAAAUAGUCAAGAGGCUCAUGGUGCUUUUUGCUUUUUUUCCCCCCCUGGUUCAAGCAAAUGUUUAAUCUUUAAUAAUCUGUAACCUUUACAUUCAGUGUUCUCUUCUCUGUUAAGAUUUAUAUUGUUAUGGCAACCUUUGUUUGCACACCAAUGUUCCUCCAGGAAAUAACGAUUAAGUAAGCAAUGUUUGUGCAUGUCUGUUGGUCUAAAGAACCUACAAUGGCACAAAAUGCAUCAACAUCAAAUAAAAUACAAAUGAAAACCUUC